GCUUUCCUUUCGGAUCGUAAAAGCCAUAUCGUCCCUUGACGCUUCCAUUUUGCAGACGCUCCUCAAUUCUGUACUGCCGACUUUUUCUACAAUAGUAACAAUCCGUCGUUAUUUCGAUCAUAAAUACACAAUUAUUAUUUGAAACACUUCUAGAAAUUGCUCAAAACGUCUCAUCGGAGAACGCUGACAGCCGGUAUUUACCCACGUCCAGUAUCGAAGCCGAAUAUAUACGUUCCUGGUCCCCGAUGAUUCCUUAGUUGAAAAUCUAUCCGGCUUCCGUCCGAUGAUUCUUCCGUUUCUCUUUUGGACAUCACAGCGGGAUGAAGUAUCGAAGUACGAUUGUACGCUGAUUUAUAAGCGUGUGGACGCAAAAAUGAAGAACGUUCUUCGGAAGACACUAUAAUCCACGCGAAAUGGCCAAGCUGAUCUUCAUUGCUCUGUGUUGCGUUUGCUUGCUGCUGCUAGAGUCUGCAAACUCGUUGAAAUGCCAAACAGGUAUCCAGCAAGCAGACGAUCAAUUCCGGAAAGUUGUGCAGAUUUGCAAGAAACGGCACAGUGGUGGGAACAAUAGCGAUUCUUCGUCGAAUGAGGAUGACGACGACUCGGAUUUGUUGAACAAGUUCUUCAUGAAAGGCAGCGACUCCUCCUCCAACACGCAGUCUUGGAAACACGGGAACGACCAGAGAGGCAGCAGCGAUCCACGUCAUUCCUUCAAUCAGACAAAUGGAAACUGGAGAAGCGCGCAACGUCCUAAUCACGACAACAAUAAUCACGACUCCGACGGAAUGUAUCCUGGCAGAGGAUAUCCUAGCGGAGGAUAUCCUGGUGGAAAUGUCAGAGAUGGUUCAAGUUAUGAUCAAAUGAACGGUAACUUCGGGAACACUCACAAGGACCAAAAACGAGCUUGCGUCACUCAGUGUUUCUUCAACGAAUUGAACGCGGUAAGUGGACGGCUGUUUCGAUACUUGAAGAAAAGUGCCUUGCCAGUCGGUCUCUCUAUAAUUCUAAUUCUAACAGGUGGAUCACAGAGGAUUCCCCCAGCAGGAAUUGAUCAUAAAUCUGAUGACACACAACAUACAGAAUCCAGAACUGCAAGAUUUUAUGGAGGAAGCCAUCAUAGAGUGUUUUCACUUCCUCAGUGCAGACAUGAGGCAGGACAAGUGUUACUUUUCGCAAAAUCUCUUGUCUUGCUUGGCCGAAAAAGGAAAAGAAAGAUGCGAAGAUUGGAACAAUUAAUUGCACCGUGUAGACGUCAUAAUAAUCGAUCAGCUAAUCAUUUCCACGGAAAAAGGACAAGAAGUUAAUCCUCUAAUAAAAAUGUAACCUGAA